AACAAAUAGAAGGCAAAGAGAUAAAGCUGCCAAUUCAGCUCUAGCGUUAUGCCGCAAGCUCGCAAAGAGAAUCAAGCUCUCGUCACGCAUUCGCAGUUGGCCCGCGCGAUCGUCGUCGCUGUUCGCAUCGCGGCACAGUAAAAUGUGCACAUUGUGCUCGUACAUCGAUAGUUGAUUAGAGUCAAACAAAGCUGGGUACGAUGUCGAGACUGAGUCGGGAGAGCUUCAGCAAGCUCGUGUACGAGGCCGUGGAGGCCGGCGACGCGGCGGCGCUCGGCGACCUGUUGGAUCGCGGCCUGUUCAUCGACGGGCUGCAGUACGCGGGCGGCGAGACUCUGCUGCACCUGAACGCGCGCCAGGGCAACGGCCGAGUGACCCGACUGCUCCUGGAGGCCGGCUGCGACGUGGACGCCCUCGACAAGGACCGCAGGACGCCGCUGCACGUGGCCUUCCUGCGCGACCGCCACGACGUCGCCGAGGAGCUGCUCAAGUACUAUCCGGACGUCAACGUCAAGGACAACUGGAACGACACGGCGCUGCACUGCUACGCGGCCCACGUGAAAAUCAGCGAGGAAGCCGACGACGAGGCCGAGACCGAGACCAGCCGAACGAUCGAGCUGGCGAGGAAGAUGCUCGUGCUCGAGGGCAACCCCAACGAGCCGGACGACCGCAAGCAUACGCCCUUCCACAGCGUCCUCAUGAACGGCAACUGCCGCCUCGUCAGCCUGUUCAUGCGCUACGGCGCCGACGUGAGGGCGCGCAACUGCUACGGCAGCACGUGUCUGCACUACUGCGCCCUCAACGGCAACGGGGCCGUGACCAAGCUCGUGCUCGACACGCGACUCCUCUCCACCGAGGACAAGACCCUCGACAAGGGCGAGACGGCCCUGCACUGGGCCGCCCAGUACGCCAAGUACGACUGCCUGCGCUGCCUGCUGGACGCCGGCGCCAGGGUCGAUUGCACCGACUACGACGGGCGCACGCCCCUGUUCUACGUCGCGCAGCCCCACUAUCCCCUGUACUCGGCCGAGUUCACCGAGCAGCGGAGGGCGUCGCUGGAGCUGCUGGUUCGGCGCUGGGCCGAUCUCAAUCACUGCACGCGCUUAGGCGACACCAUACUGAGGAUCUUGGUGAAGCAGGACGAUGCGAGCGGCGAGAGCCUUGCCAAGCUCGUCGUCGCCUACCUGCUGUACGGCCAGCACGUGCGCAAGGUGCGCGUCAACGACAAGAACAUGAAAAUCAUCAGGAAUAAUUCCAUGCUCAAGGCGCACUAUCAGGCCUGCUCGAGCGAGUUCGCCGCUAUGAAACGACGGCGCGUACCCGAGUGCACGGUGACGUUUUUCCAGGUCGUGGACGCGCCCCUGGCCACGGUCGCCACCUUCACUCGGAAUCCGGACUUUGCGCGAUUUUUCGACGGGCCGAGAUUGCGUGAGUCGUUUCCCAUUUACGCGGAUCUCGUGCUCGAGCGAUUUCACGAGGCGGCCGGCUAUCAGAAGAUGUUGGAAGCCGCCACCUGCACGCUCUACGACAUUUUCCAGUUCGCCGAUCCGACCUCGGUGUUUUACGAGAAGGUUCUGAGGAGUAUGGACAAGAGCGAUAUCGCCAAUUUGAAGGAUUAUUCGUCCACGAGAUCGGUAUGAAGUUCACAAACACAA